GAAGAGGAGGAGGAGGAGGAGGAGGAGGAGGAGGAGGAGGUCCGUCAGGCCGGUGAUGAGGAUCAGACUGAGGAGGCAGAAACAGAGGGAACCGUUACCAGUCAGCCCGCUGCUCUGGACGAGGACGAGGACGACGAGCCGACGGGCGAAAUGCAGAAGUCUGUGGACGAACCCGAGGAUAAAAAAGAGGAGUACGACGAAGAUGACGAAGACGAGGAGAAGGCGACGGUGGACGUGACCAGGCCUUUGCCAGAACCCGGGGAGGAAGACUCUGAACCCGCAGUGUGUCCCUGUAUGAAUUCUGCCAAGAGCAAAGAGUCUGUCGCCAAGACCGCCGAGAAAAAGGAAAAAGAUGCUCCCAGGAGGGUUUCGGCCACGAGGAGGAAAAGAGACCGUGAAGCCGUGAAGUCGGAGCCAAAAAGGAGAGCUCUGCCCAGAGGUGCGAGUCUGGAGCCGAAGAUCAGGAGGAUCAGGAGAAUCCCGGCUCUUCUCAGAGUCAAGAAAGCGGAGAAGACCAAGACGCCCAAAACAGAGGCAGAGACCAAGAAACCACAGGAGGUCCCAGAAUCUGGAGAAGACGUGGGCCCCUGCAGACCUGCGCCGGUCUAUUGCCCCUCCCCACCGGGCUGGUACGUUCACCACAUCGUCACGGACAACCCCUACCCUCCUCCGACCAUGUCAGCUCCGUCUGCUCCGGUUCUGACCGUCCAUCCCGGAGCGCCACCGCUGCAGCCUCCUCUUUAUCAACAGCAACAACCUCCUCCACUGAUGCAGCCGCUCCACUAUCAACUGUAUCAGCCGCCCCUGCAGCCGCUGACGCAGCCUCAGGAACCGGUCCCGGUCCAGGUCCCGGUCCAGGUCCCGGUCCCGGUCCCGGUCCCGGCCCCAGAACCGGAGGAGGCUCUGGUCCAGCCUGAGCUCCAGACUCCGGCUGCUGCUGCUGAUGACGCUCAGCCGGCCGCAGCUCCGGUCCACGAACCGGUGACUGUUGAGGAGGAAGUGACGGCUGCCUCCGCCCAGAGACCUGCCGAGAAGAAAACCAAGGCGGCUGAUUCAGAAAAAGAGCCCGCGGCAGCCAAACAGAAGACAAGGAAAGAUGCUGCCGUUUCAAAAGACAAAACCAAGGCAGCCACUGUAAAGACAGAGCCAGCCGCUAAAGAGGAGAAGAGAAGUCCUGCAGUAGCCAAAAAGGAGAAAGCCGUGAAAGAAAAGUCCAAAACCGCCGUAGCUGCAAAGAAAGAGCCGGCAGCCGUGCGACCGAAGAGGAAACCCGCCUCUGAAGAGACAGAUCCAGAGCCGCGUCCGGUCAGACUGAGGCCGAGGCCAGAGGCUGUGAAGAGGGCGAACGUCACGUCUCAGGCCAGAUCUUUGUCUGAACCAGCCAAGAAAAGAUCAGAAACAGUGGCAGAGAGAAAAGGCAAAUCAGAGAAGACGAGCAAAGAUGACAAGGCUGAGAAGAAAUCUGUGAAAGCGGCUCAAGAUAAAGAGAAACAACCGCCGCCGGCCAAAGAGCCUCAAAGUGAGGACAACACCACAGAGCAGAAGAAAGCAGCCCAGAGAUUCUUCCAGUGCAUCUAUGUCCCUGGUAAAAAUGCGCAGUACCCCCUGCGACCUUUCACCCCGGCGAUGUCCCCCACCAUGAUGUCCCCCGCUCUCAGGUCCAUGUUGGAGCAGCAGAGAGCGGCCAGGGCGUCGGGCCAAUAGGACGUCCCGACUCACUAUACGCUCCCGGUCCAGCAGGGGGCGACGUUGACACGGACUGAACUCUUUUGUCUUUAAUUUAUUUUAGUGUAUUUAUUUUACUUUGUCUUCUCUUUGUGGUCGAGCUCCUGGGUUUUGUUUCACCCGUCACUUCCAUGUUUAAUAUCACCAAUAUGCAAACACAGAAGCAUCUUUUGUGAAUAUUCCAAUUUCAAUAUAAUAUACAUAAUUCAUAUAUUUAUAACUAAGGCUGAGAUAAAAGUUUUUUUUACUUUUUCUGUCCAGUCGAGUGUAAGCUUUCUGUGAUACCCUAUUUUUUUUUAUUUGACAAUUUAGUAUAAGGCAGUAACACAAUUAUUUAAAAAAAAAAAUAAUAAUAAUAAUUGGAAUAGGAAAAACUGGAUUUAAUAAUAUCAUAAUAGUCAUGAUUUUUGGAAGACACCUUGAAUUGAAAAGUGGAAUAAUUCACAAUUAUUUUCUUUAAAACAACUUAAAUCAAUGAGCAUUUUUCUCUACAUUUUUUUUUUGGACAACACAAACAAAAAACCACCACGUAAAUUAUAACUUCAUUGUAUAAAAGAAGUGUUUGGGCAAGUUGCAACUUGCGUCUUCUUUUAUUCCCACUGAUUUAUUUUAAAUCAAAUCUUUACCGUGUUGCGGCCUUGGUUUGUCUCUGCAACAGAUCAGCAUGCAAAAGGUCGGAGGGUCGAAUCCCAGGAGCUCCCACGGUUGAUCCCAGCAGCCUCCCUGUCCCCGGUCGUGAACGCGUUCCUUAGAGAUCUGACACGAGGCGGGAAUGAAGAAGAGGGAAAGUUUAUUUAUCCACUGUAAAUUAAAGAAACUUCCAUUUUUGGAGUUUUAACGACACACUACAGACAUAAUACAUGUCGUACAUUAUCUCAGACACUGAACGACCAGAUACAAUGUAAUAGACCAAUAAAAUAUGAUAGGGAAAAACUUAAUGUAGUGUUUUACUUCAAUAUUAGACUAUGCAAGUUCCCAAAAUAGAAAUAAACCUGGAUCCAAUUAAGAAGCGCAUUCAUAUGAAUGGAGAGAUAUUAGUAUAUAUAAAUAUGAGGGAGAGAAACAGGAACGUUUGAAUUUAAUGAAAUAGAUUUUAAUGUCAAGUGUAAAUAUGGUCCAGGUUUGACACUGAUAUUCAAAGAUUUGCCGCCAUAUCAGAUGUAAUAUAACGGUAGAAUAUUUUUCAUUGAAAUCAGAAAAUCAUUGAAGCCAAAGAGUGAAAAAGUAGUUUAUGAUAUUUUUUUAAAAAAGUACACCAACUUUAUCUCACAACUCUUUACAGUGGAACUGUCUCAGACACAAAUACGUGUUGUUUUUUCACGUGGUGCGUUCAGGGACAGGGAAUCUGUGCAGGACAACUUUGACGUGACCAACUCACGAGACGCUACAGUGGAUGGACGUCGUCCGUGCCCGUAGCCCGACGCCUCGUGUUUUCAGUUACCUCACCUGGUUUUGUAGCGUCGCGGCGACGAGGCCGCGGUGUCGUCGUUGCUGUUGCUGCUACAGAACUGUUGCUGAACAUUACCAGCAAUUUGCUACUGUCGUCUUACAGAAUGAAAACCUGAUAUGAAGGAGAAGCACUGGGCUGAAACGGUCCGUUCAAGGUGUCCGUCCGUGACUUCAGACCACGUCACCUUGGAUACCUUGCAUGAAAAAAAACUUGACUACUGUUGCUAUGGAUACCUCGGGGGCCAAAUCUUUUGUUGAGUCGAAGAAAAAUAUUUGAGACUGAAAGUUCACGUUUUCAUCUUUGAACUUUGAAAAAAAUGUGCGAACAGUGUGAAGGAAUUAUUAUUUUUUUUAAUCAAUUAUAAUUUGGAUUCCAUUCUGGAGUUCUUUUGAAUGAGUUCAGUUGCAGAUUUUUGUGUUUUUCGGAUUCAGAUCAGAUUUUUCUCCAAUGUUGAAUGAAAUUUUCCCAUUUCACUUCUUCUUUUCACUUUCAGUUUCAAAUCAUCUCUUCAAAUUACCAAAACAUUAGGCACCGAUUUAGCUCCAUACGCACACGUAUAUUUAAACUGAGACAAUAAUUCAGUUUGAGUGUUAUUCAGCUCUACAUUUCGUGACGAGACUUAUCUCCCACCUGUCAGAGUUGAAAGUCUUACAACGCAACCGUGCGUCUGAAAACAAUGAACAGAAACAAACAGAAAGUGCUGAAGUUUCCUUUGCUUUCACGUCCACCCUGAAGGCACCUUUUAAAAAUCCCUGGUGUGAAUCGGGAUUUGAACUCGAAGCGGUGAGACGUUUUGCUGAACUCACAAACUCACAUCUCGGCGCCACGCGCACGCCGACCCUCGGGCUCGGAUUCUUUCAGAAGGGCCAAAGGUCAGCGAGCGCGUGACGAGGUCAAGGGCCCUUGAACUCUGCGUCGGCCCCGCAGGACGCGUGAAGGUCGAAGAGGCCUUCGCGCUCCAGACGACAUCUGACGCGGCGGUUGCAGCGAGCGACCUGCCGAGCGGAUGCGGUCUGUCGCGAUGGCGCGACUUUAAAAGUGUGUGUGUUUUUAAAAAAAAAAAAAGCAAUGUUUGAGUCGCAGCUCGUGGACGGAUUGUAUUUUCACUUGUACGACUCAUAUUCCAGCAGGGAGAGAAACCGCGGCAGCUGCAGCUGUCACUGAAGCUGUGUGGCUCUUUGGUUGUCCGGAUGCUUUAAAUAUGUGCGACGCGAUUGUGGUGUCGUUAUGGUCUGGAAGUUCAUUAACGUGAGCUGGAGCAGGACGAAGCCCCCAUCUUACGUAAGAAGGAAAGUGAUCACGAGUAGUCAGGUGGGCCCGAAUGCGACGCGUGUGUUUGACCUUGACCCUGAAAGCGCGCGCGUCUCUUCUGCGUGUUGGCGACGCACCGUACAGGCGAGUGGCCCGCGUUGAUACCGUCGACCGACCGCGAUCCAUGAAUUUAAAAACUGGUGCGUGCCACGAGCGUGACACGCCGGACGUAGACGAGAUGCCGCCAGCGCGUUUUUGACUUUCAGCUGCAGCUCCAGCGCUGUUCAGAAGGAACAACCUUUCAAAAAGGGAAUUCGUGAAAGACCCGCAGAGUUACUGAGAGUCUUUUAUGAACUCCGCGCUCUCUCCGCGUUUUUGCUCAUCGGAGCGUCGCCAUGGCUACAGUGUCCCGGGAUUGUGGCCGUGAAACAAAUUCCAUCAGGAGCAUUUGGAGCCGCAUGUGGACGGCGGGUGGUUUUUGUAAACGACGUCAUUUGGGAGGAUCAUUUCUAUCGUUCAAUCGCAGACACUCAGACACACAUUGACCAGCAGUCGGUGAGAUACUGUACAGAGACUGUAGAUAAUCGUUUGUUCUAUUCGUGUCCAUCUGGAGACUGUUACACAAAUUCAUAAAAAUAUCUCUUUUGAUGAUGACAUUGUUGUGUGUGUGUGUGUGUGUGUGUGUGUGUGUGCGCGUGUUGUUUUAGUGCAGCAAUUCUUGCUCAGCUACAUUUCAUAAAGAGACGGUAUGAACGACUUGUUGCAUGUAUCAUAAAGCCGAGACGUGAUGAGCCUGACUCGUGUCACAUGUCACGUGUGGCGUUCGAGGGACAGUUUUCAAAAUGUCUGCCGUGCGACAUGCAGAAUCGCCACAAUGCAGUUUUUUUUGUUUGUGUCAUAAUUUUGAAUAAAUAUUUGCAGAAA